AUCGAAACCAAAUGUAUGGUGUCCAAGGAUGUUAUUGGUGAGGCAAUCAAAGCCUAUACUUACAAGAAACUUCCAUCGUUGAGAAAGGUAUCAAUGAUCCAUGGUGAUGCAAAGGUUCGGGCAAUGCUAGUUACCAUCACAUGCCUGUUGCCAUCUGAGAAAGGUUCAGUCUCAUGCAGCUUCCUCUUAAAGCUACUGAAGGCAACAAAUCUGCUAAAGUUUGGAGAGAUGUGCAGGAAAGAGCUUAUGAAGCGUAUUGCCCAACAACUGGAAGAAGCAUCAGUGUCUGAUCUUCUGAUCCCUACAGUGGACGGUGAUACCACUGUUUAUGACAUUGACCUGAUUCUUAGCAUUGUUGAGGAAUUUGUCAGACAAGAUUCUAAGCAUGCCCAGAAGCAUAAUGGUGGGGAAGUGAAUGAUCAUGUUUCAGCUCCUAGUGCAUCAAUGAUUACGGUGGCCAAAAUUGUCGAUGGAUAUCUUGCAGAGGUUGCAAAGGACCCAAACAUACCUGUUUAUAAGUUUUUCAGUCUAGCUGAGACAGUUUCAGGCAAUUCAAGGCCAGUUCAUGAUGGGCUAUACCGUGCCAUUGAUAUGUAUCUGAAGGAGCACCCAAGCUUGGGCAAGAGCGAUAAGAAGAGGCUCUGCGCCCUCAUGGACUGCAAGAAGUUGUCGCCUGAUGCAUGUGCUCAUGCUGUGCAGAACGAGCGCCUACCUCUGAUGAUUGUGAUGCAGGUUCUAUACCACGAGCAGACAAGGGCUUCUGCAGCAGCCACCAUCCGAGCUGACAGCAUCGGCAUUGCACUACAACAGGAAGGAGUAUUAACGACCUGAAACUAGCAACCACGU